AUGGUCAUGGUAGUGGCGGUAGCUGGACUGAAGGGCGUGACGGGUAAAGAUUUGGCGAGUCCAAAUGGUACAAACAAGUUGGGAUGCGGGCAUAUGCAUGAACGAUGCAUCAAUGGAUACCUCGGCAGCAACAAAUUAAGACAUUGUCGAUAUAUCCUUUCCAAUGGACUCCAUCGACCGCCUCGUAGCGGAAAUCUUGUAUAUAUAAACGUGAGACCUCGUGCAACAAAUCAAAAGUACCAAGCUUAUUAUCGCUUGAUCCGGAUCCAGAUUGAACAUGCAAGAAGGGAGGUGGUCUCUCAAGGGUAUGACAGCCCUUGUCACUGGCGGCAGCAGAGGCAUUGGGUUUUGUUUGUGCACUUGCGACACGACAGGCUUGCAAUCGUUGAGGAACUUGCCGGAUUCGGGGCCAGGGUCCAUACUUGUUCCCGAAACCAGCAAGACAUCGACCAGAGGCUGCUUGAAUGGAAGGACAAAGGGUUUCAAGUCACCGCCUCCGUCUGUGACCUGACUUGCACUUCAGACCGGCGAAACUUGAUGGAGAUGGUCUCUUCCAUUUUCGACGGGAAGCUUAAUAUCCUCGUGAGCAACGCAGGAACCACGGCGUAUAAAAAGACAGUAGAUUGGUCCGUGGAAGACUACUCAACUGUGAUGGCGACAAACUUGGAGUCACCUUUCUAUUUGUCGCAGUUGGCAUAUCCUAUGUUGAAAGCAUCUGGAAAUGGAAGCAUUGUGUUUAUCUCUUCCAUCGCCGGGCUGGUGGCUCUUCCUUUUCUAUCGGGUUACGCAGCAACCAAAGGUGGUACUGCUGGAAUCAACCAAUUGGCCAAGAACUUGGCCUGUGAAUGGGCCAAAGACAACAUCCGGGCAAAUGCGGUUGCCCCUUCUGGAACCAAGACUGGCAUCCUCCCACCUGACCCGGAGGUUUGGAAAGAAUAUGCUCAUCUCUUGGAGAGGACUCCGAUCAGUAGACUUGCGGAGCCAAAGGAGGUGUCAUCGUUGGUGGCAUUUCUUUGUCUGCCGGCAGCCUCUUACAUUUCUGGCCAAGUUAUUGCUGUAGAUGGGGGUUACACAGCUAAUUGAUGGCCACUACUAGGAGAACAACUACUGUACCUUUAUUGUACAAAUACAAGACGAAAUCACUGUUAGAGAUCGAUCGAUAUAAAAUGUUGGCAUGUCACUACAUAAGAAUGUGUAUUUCGUAGUCGAGAAAACCAUGCAUGGUGGAUAAACUGAGCUCGAAUAAGUCACUUGGAUUGUAGUCGAUCAUAACCGAUCAUCUUAUUAUGUUCUCCCCGCCUAGUUUGAAUGGUCAAAUUCAUUAAAAUUUUGGUCAAUA